AUGACAGCGAAAUGUUUUAUUCAACUUCUCUGGACGACCGGUCUACAAUGGGAUGAACCUCUCACUCCAGAACUUAGUGCAAUUUGGAGUAACUUUAUCUCAGCGAUACCAGCACUUGCAGACAUUCAGAUCCCUAGAGCAUUGAAAAUCUCUCCAAAUUCUAGUGUUGAACUUCACGGCUUCUCAGACGCCUCUGAACGCCCUCAGCUUACUCAAGCAUUACUUUACAAACAUGUUUGGAUACUGUCUGCCCGUUGUGCCAUACGCUCUCGUAUCCAUAAAUGUGUCAGAUGUUUCAAAGUCAAACCUAGAAAUGUGUGUCCUCUCAUGGCUGAUCUCCCUCAGUCUCGUGUAACUCCUGCUCGACCUUUCCUCCACACCGGCAUAGAUUAUGCAGGACCUUUUACUGUAAAAAUCUUCAACCUCAAGGCAGUGAGACACAUAAAGUCAUACUUUUGUACUUUCAUCUGCCUCGUCACGAAAGCUGUACAUUUGGAAGUAGUAACAGACCUAACGACUGAAUCUUUCAUUGCUGCAAUGACUCGAUUUGUAUCUCGCAGAGGACAUUCUUCCGACAUUUACUCGGAUUGUGGGUCCAACUUCAUUGGUGCUGACUCUACCCUACGCAAGAUUGUUGAAAAUUCUCUUUAUUGUCAAGACUCCAAACGGAAGAUUCAACGAUUCUCUUCACUUAAAGGCAUCAAUUUUCAUUUUAAUCCACCAGCCGCUCCGCAUCAAGGAGAAUUGUGGGAAUCGUCUGUAAAGAAUGUGAAACAUCAUCUCCGUCGAGUAAUGGGAAACUCAGUCUUAACACUCAUUGAAUUCAUCACAUUGUUGACCCAAAUCGAAGCAAUGCUCAAUUCCCGACCACUGACACCUCUUUCAAAUGAUCCUUCGGAUCUCGCAGCACUGACUCCCGGACACUUCCUGAUUGGUGCACCCCUCACAGCAGUACCUGAACCUAAUCUCCUGACAGUUCCUGAAAACCGUCUCAAGCAAUGGCAGCUAGUUCAAGCAUUUCAUCAACGCAUAUGGCAUAGAUGGCACCUAGAAUACUUAAACAACUUGCAACAACGUACCAAGUGGACUCGGAAAUCAAAAAAUCUUGAAGUGGGAGACCUUGUUCUGGUACAUAUGGACUCACCACCUCUCUCGUGGCCUCUCGCUCGAAUUACAGCAGUUCAUCCAGGGGCUGAUGGGGUUGUGCGAGUGAUAGACUGA